CGCAAAAUGACAUCGAUGGAGACAGCGACAUCGAUCUACUGGCUCAUAACAUGCCGUGGUAACUGCGCAACAAAACUCUCAAUUCUUCAAAUUAAUGACAAUGCCAGAAAGUACUGAGUUAUUCAAAUUUUGAGUUUGCACGUGACGUCAUGGCGCCUUGAUGGUGGACUUAAACAAAAGAUUUCAAAUUAAGUUUCGAAUCAUUUCGCAGCAGAUGUAGCGAAAAUGGAGAGCAUCUUGAAAAACGUAGUUUGAAACUGGAACAUCUGUCAAAAGCAUUGAAGGUAAUACCUCGCCAUUAAGCUGCAGGAGGCUGGUUGCGGGAUUACGUCGGAUUUUCCCGGAAAGUUGGCUUCGUGAACUCUUUUGUCUUCGCUUCACCACAAUAUACAAGCCACUAUAAAAUAGAAGUCAUUUUCACGAUGGCUCUCUGUAAAAACGAAAUCAAAAAUCUCUCAACUUGCCGUCCAAGCAAUGACUCCUUGGAGAUUUCUUCAACUUUACUCGUUUCUGAGACAACGAGCAGCGCUAACUUGGCAGAGGACUCUGUACCCGUUGAAGCGGCAAAACUAUCAAUUUAUACCACGUGUGCUCUGUUCGGAGUAAUCGGCAACCUUCUAGUGAUUGUAAUCUUAACAAAACUCAGGGGAAAGAAAACUCGUAUUACUGACUUCUUUUUGAUAAACUUGGCGAUAGCGGAUCUGGGCUAUUUGCUGUUUACAUUUCCAAUGGGGGCUGCACGGGAGAGAGCUCCCUUUGGCUGGCCUUUUGGCAAGUUUGUUUGCCUUUAUCUUCAACCUUUUACCGAGAUAUUCCACGGUGCUUCCGUGUGGUUUAUAGCAAUUACUGCUAUAGAGCGAUAUCGGAAAAUAGCGGCCAGAAAUCCAAAAUUACACGAUGCGAAGAAGCGGGCUUCCUUAAAGAGAGCUGGGAUCGUUGCUACUUGUACAUGGAUGGUGUCGUUUGUGAUGUUUGCUUUUCCACUGUAUUUUAUUGUUGAUUACCAAAAGGUGCCCGGCGGAGGAACAUUCUGUGGCCCAGUGUGGCCUGCUUGGGAUAAGGACCUUGUGUUAGCGCGAGUUUACGUCGCUUGUCUCACUUUGCUGUCGUACAUACUUCCACUUGUUGUUAUAUCUUGGACAUUCCUAGCUAUAUCACUAAAGCUUAAUGAAAGCAGUAAAUUUAUUAAGACCAUGAAAAGCGAUGAAAAAGAAAACGAAGCAGCGAAUCUCAAUGACUGCAGCGCCAUCACAAGUAGAAAGCACGCUAUUCGUCUCGUGCAAAACAUACGCGCUAAGAGAAUUUUAACUCCAGUUGUUGUGGUGUUUACUUUGUUCAUGCUUCCCCUUGCUGUUCUUCGCUUGUGUGUUGUAUCUUGGCCAGCUAUUGCCAGCCAAAAAUUUUACAACAACUUGUUUUUCGCCGUCGUAGUUUGCACUAUUAUAAAUUCAUCUGCAAAUCCAGUGAUAUACUCGAUGAUUAGGCUCGACUUCCGCCGUCAACUGAUGCGAAUAAUGUGCAGGAAUACUACAGGAAAUCAGUCCCGGCGGCAUUACUCAUCUAGUCAAGGCGUUUGUUCCCGAUUGAGCUAGGCAUCUAUCGGUUAACGGAAAACUACAAUCGCGCACGGAAAGAUUUGCAUGGAUUCUUGAUCUUCAUUUUAAAAAAAUCGAUUUAUUUUUUAGGCGCGUUCUUUAAGACUCCUUCUGAAUCAAUACAGUAACUGUCUAAUUUUUAAAAUGUAACUUUUCGAGACGAUCAGAGUUUUGGCAAAAGACAUUUUUUAUCCCAUCAUGGAAAAAAAUAGUGCUAACCAAAACAGAAACUCGGAAAUUGAUAAAUUCAUUUCCUAUGGGCUGGAGGCGAUUUUUUGAAAAAUGAAUUUGUAUACAAAAACAAAUUACUUGACAAAACUAACAUCUGAUUUGACAUAAGUAGAAAAACCCUUAUAAAUAAGUAAUGCCACUUAAUCACACUCAUGUAUAAACAUAAUAGAAAACAAUACGCACUUAAGCUUCGAAGGUUCGCCAUAACUUUAAAGCUAGUUUAAGUGCUUGCUUUCUUUGAAAUAAAUCAUAUGCAAGUCCUGUAGGAUAUUGUACAUCUCAAGGGAACUCUGUUGACUAUUUUUCUCGUGACGUCAUCGUCGUUUUUAAUAGACGUUUGAGUAAAUUUUAUACAAAGCGUCCUCUAAAAGCAACUUUUUAUUAUUUAGUUUUCCGGCUUCCUUUUAUAACUGUAAUUUUGGUUGGUAGUUAGUUAGAAAUCAAUGUAUGAUUGUAAUUAGGUAAAGGAAUUUUACUGUGUUUAAAAAUAAUGCUAUAUCUAUACACAGAAGCAUGAACUACUCUCCUUUUUUUUACUUUACUUUACUCGAUCUGAUCUUCUCUAAAACUUUGCUUAACGACUUGUGCAUUCUCCCUGAAAAUUACCUAACUAAUCUGUCAGACUUGUAGCCAGUAAUGACAAUUAAGCAAAGAAAACGGGGAGUGAGUUGCAAGAGCGAUUCCCCCACCCGUAAAAAACAAUUUGUCGGGCAUUCUACGGGUUAGACACAUCGUCUGAAGCUGGCA